CACAGAAUGGGCCUGUGGACGUCAGCAGAGUGGAUAAGCUGCUCUGUAUGGGGGAAAAAUGAACCAGCGGUGUUCUGUGGACGUCCAGAGCAACGCAGCCGCCUUUUCUCUCCUACCCGGCGAACAUGGCACUGACAGAAUGGGCCUAAAACCGCGCGCGCCGCUCUGGAGAUGAACGCUAACUUCAGCCAGGUGGACGAGGGGGGCCCGUGGGCAGGUAAAGCGGAGUUGACCUUCGUCGUGGCCGACUGCGCGGUGCUGCUCGUGACGUUUCUGCUGGGCUCGGCCGCUAACGUGUUCGUGGUGCACGCGGUGCGCCGCCACAAGUCCCUCCAGACGGCCACCAACGCGCUUCUGGUCAACCUGGCGCUCGUGGACCUGCUGCGCUGCGCCACGGACUGCCCGCUGCUGCUGCUGAUCGUGCUGCGGGCGCGGGGGCGCGCAGACCUCGGGCAAGCGCUGUGCAGCGCGCAGCUCGCCUGCUUCUCUCUAACCUGCGGCGCGCAGCUGCUCACCGUGGCGGGAAUCAGCGUCGAGCGGCACAGGGCCGUCACGAAACCUUUUGAGGGCGGCGGAGGCGGCGGCGAGCGACGGAAGCGAGUGGCCGCGUGGAUCCCGUUCGCGUGGGCCGCGCCUGCCCUCGCGUCGGCGCUGUGCGCGCGCUUCGCCCGGGAUUCACCCGUGUACGCGAGGUGCAGGGGGCUGCGCGCUCACGACCUCCACAUGUUCGACUCGUUCGGCCGGUACGUUUUGCUGCCCGCGUGGUGCGCGUGCCUGGCGGUCAUUGCCGUGUGCUACGCGCACAUUUUCAUUGUGGUGAGGGCGCACAGCAGGAAGAUAUUCGACAAAGGCAUGUUCCUCCCGCCCGGGAAGAAAAAAGCAGAACAAAAAGAGGAGAAAAACUCGGGGAACGUGAAAGGGAACAUGCCGAUCGCGAACGAGCUUGAUAAAACCCCAUCAGAGCCCGAGAUAAACGGCGCAGCGCAGACCGUGUUGCCUGACGGUGGUCACAAUGAACCCUAUAACGCUCGAGUAAGCAAUGAAGGUCAAACUCCGACCCCACAAACUCCCCCUAAAAACAGUGUAACCUUAGUCUUUGAACUGCGCGAAAACGCGCCAGAACUCACAGAUGUGGAGCAGACUGUAGAAUGCGCGUCCCCGGCGGCUAAUGGCACCCAGAGUGUGUCCGAGAGGCACGAGAACGCGCCAGGACUCACAGAUGUGGAGCGCGGAGAAGAGCAGUCUGUAGAAUGCGCGUCCCCGGCGCCUAAUGGCACCCAGAGUGCGUCCGAGAGGCACGAGAACGCGCCAGGACUCACAGAUGUGGAGCGCGGAGAAGAGCAGGCUGUAGAAUGCGCGUCCCCGGCGCCUAAUAGCACACAGAGUGCGUCCGAGAGGCACGAGAACGCGCCAGGACUCACAGAUGUGGAGGCCGAUGACGCGUCUCCGACCGAAGUUAAGAGCGCGAGCGAAAACGCGCGUGAGAACGAGGACCAGAUCGCGGGCCUAGACGUGCUCGAGAGCGCGCAUCAAGACGCACCGCAGGAUGCGCAUCAAGAUGCGCAUGAGGACGCACAACAAAACGCGGCCGAGAGCGCGCCCCAGGCUACGGAGGUGGUGGGAGAGGUGUGCAUGAUGCCGCCGUCUUUCGCCAACAGGGACAGAGGAAACAAGAAGAAGGAGAGUAAAUUGGCCAAGCGCUCCGGAUACAUCAUCUUCACCUUCCUCGUCUUCUGGCUGCCGCUGAUCGGGACGAUAGUGCUGAACGUCUUUCUGGACAGAAGAGAGAGCCCAGGCGAGGACGGCGUUCAGGAGCUGGAGGUUCUUGUGGUCUGCAUCGCCUGCAUGACCUCCCUGACCAACCCCAUCAUUUACGCUGCGGUCAACCCUCAGUUCCGCAAUGAGUUUUACUACCUGAAGAACAAAUGUAAAGCACUGUUUGCCAAACAGUGACAUGAAAAAUGGAAACUUUUAUCCAACUAUGCCAUACACUGAUCUUGUCUGAAUAUGCAAACAGAUUCUCUUCUGAUGUAAAGCCUUGCAGGUGUGGCAGUACCUGUUGUUACAUGCUAGAAGACCAUUUUCAUAUAACAUCAAUUUUAUAAACUUCUCUGUCCAAAGAACAUCUCCAACAUACUUACUUUGUAGGAGAAGGGAAAACAUUAUACAUUUAAUGUGUCAAUGUAAAGAGGUUUUAUUCCAAGUCAUUUUGGAGCAUUUCUAGUAAUUAUUAAGUACCCUUAUUAGUCCCACAACGAGGAAAUUUC